AUGUCUCAACCACUUAAGGAGAAGAACGCUAUUGUCACUGGUGGAUCGAGGGGGAUAGGAAAGGCCAUCGCUCUAGAUCUUGCAUCGAAGGGUGCCAAUGUCCUUGUAACCUACGUCAACUCUGAAGCCGAAGCGCGAAGUGUGUGCUCGGAAAUUGAGAAACAUGGCGUCCAAAGUCUUGCUGUGCGCGCAGAAGGCACGGACCGCUCCGCCCCAGCAGCCAUCGUGCAAGCAGCAGUAGAGAAGUGGUCAAAGGUCGACAUUAUCGUAAACAACGCAGCUACCGGUGGUGAUUUCUCGCUGCUCGACACCACGGAGGAAAAGUUCGAAGAGCUCACUCUCGUCAACUUCCGGUUCCCGCUGUUCCUUAUCAAGGCGGCAAUACCGCACUUUGGGCCUGCGCCGCGCAUCGUCAACAUCUCGUCUAUCUAUGCGCGCUCAGGCCACGCCAAUUGCUCUGUUUACUCGACAUGCAAGGGGGCUCUGGAGACUGCGACGAGAAGCCUCGCUACGGAGUUGGGGCACAAGUACAAUGCCACGAUCAACUGCGUUGAACCAGGACCAGUAAAUACGGACUUAUGGAAGAAAGCCUAUGAGGAUGAGGCUUAUAGGGAAGUGUGGGAGCCCGAGGUUCAAAGAACGCCGGCUGCACCGAGGGUGGCAGAACCGCAUGAAGUGGCGCAUGUUGUUUCCUUCUUAUGCGAUGAGAAAACGAGUUGGACUUCCGGCAGUGUUGUCAAUGUCAACGGCGGCAUGGUAUUUCUUUAA